AUGGCUUCCAUGCGCUCGUCGUCCUCAUCCAUGGCUCUCGCUCUGCUGCCGCUACUGGUGGCAGCCGCAUUCUUCAUCCCCUCCCUGCUGGCUUCAUCAGCUUCACGUACCCUCGACGACCAUGGCUUGGACGGUGAGGCACUGCUGAUGCUGGGGAGGUUCCAUGGGUGGAUGGCGGCGCACGGCCGGUCGUACGCCACCGAGGAGGAGAAGCUGCGCCGGUUCGAGGUGUACCGGAGCAACAUGGCGUUCAUCGAGGCGGCGAACCGGGACAGCCGGAUGAGCUACCGCCUCGGCGAGACCCCGUUCACCGACCUCACCCACGACGAGUUCAUGGCCAUGUACGGUGGCAACAACGGCGACCCGACGUCGGAGAAGGAGGAGAUGAUGAUGAUCACCACUCGCGCUGGCCCCGUCCACGAGGGUGGCGGCGUCCAUGGCGGUGACCUCCACCAGCUCGCCGCCGUUGAUGAAGAAGAGCCACCGCGUCGUGCAAACCUGACAGCGCUGCUGCCUCCGAGCGUCGAUUGGAGGGCCGAAGGCGUCGUCACUCCAGUCGGGUUCAAUGCAUGGUGCUCGUCUUGCUGGGCGUUCGUGGCGGCGGCGACGAUAGAGAGCGCGAAGGCGAUCAGCACCGGUGACCCGCCGCCGGUGCUGUCGGAGCAGCAGCUCGUGGACUGCGACACCCUCGACAAGGGCUGCGGCGGCGGGUGGAUGGACAGGGCCUUCAAGUGGGUGAUCCAGAACGGCGGCAUCACGUCGGCGGCGGCGUACCCCUACACGGACAAGAACGGCACCUGCCAGGAGGGGAAGCCGGCGGAGGCGACGCUAAGCAGCUACAAGCUGCUGCCGCGCGGCGACGAGGAGGCGAUCAUGGAGGCGGUGGCGCGGCAGCCCGUGGCCGUGGCCUUCGACCACAACGACCCCUGCUUCCAGCACUACAUCGACGGCGUGUACGACGCCGGCUGCUCCAUUUCCGGCGUCUACACCAAAGGGGCGUGCAAGACAGCGCAGAACCACGCGCUGGCCCUCGUCGGGUACGGGACCAAGCCCGACGGGACCAAGUACUGGAUCGGCAAGAACUCGUGGAGCGCCAAGUGGGGCGAAAACGGCUUCGUCUACGUCCUCAGGGACUCGCCGCCGUUGGGAUUGUGCGGCCUCGCGGUGCGCCCCAGCUUCCCUAUCAUCUGAUUUGAUCGAUCGCCAUGCAUGCACCUCCCAGCCAUGCAUAUAUCCAUGAUCAUCCUUACGUGCACAUGUAGUUGCACCGUACGUGCCUCGCUAUGUACUCACGUGCACACACGUGCUGCGUGUGUGUGCACGUAAUAUAUCGUUGUAAAGAUUGUAUGGGGUGCUGACAUGCAUCCUAGCUUGCUUAUAAAUAAAUAAAUAAAUAAAUAAAUAAGGGAGGUGUUUUUUACCAUA